AAUACUUUAGAUUCUUUAAAUUUUCUUAGAUUUCCAUAUUGAACUUCUGAGUUUCCCUCUUAACUGUCAAACUGAUAUGAAAGCAUCUUAAAGCUUUGUGUUUUAUCUGAAGGUUCUUAAUGGAUUUGAACAUGUCAGAUCCUUGCACCCUAUGUUCUUGGACAUGGAACACCCUAAUUUCUGGGGUUCUUUCUGAAGUCCAAUUUUAAGAUGGGUUAGGGUCACCAUUGUCCAGCAGUCUAACUCAGUAAAUUAUGAAAUUAGUAUGACAUGCAGGACAGGAUAACUAAAAGCUUUGGAAACAGAACUUUAGCUGGUAAAAAAAAAAAAAAAAGAAAAAGAAAAAAAACUAGGAUUUUAAUUGAAAGAACAAAAUACCUUGAUUUUAUGCUGCUACGGAGAGAGGAUAUUGAGAUCAUUGCUGGUGCCUAAAUCAUUUAUUGAGAGAGAUCUGAUUCAUUGGAACAGCAUUUCUGGGGACUGGAACAUUGUUUGGUUUGAUAAAGACCAAGGUUUUAGAUUUUAGUCUUUCUUUGGUUGUCAUUUAAAAAGCAUGUGAUUACCGUUACAUUUUAUUUCAAUAUUUUAAAAAGGUUUGAGAGACAAUAACAGGAUCCCUGUAUAAAGCAGCACAAUCCUCAGUCAUUCAAUUUGUUUCUGUCUUGGUUUAUUUCAGGCUCACCCAAUACACCUCUUCAAGUGUAUGUUCUGUGUCUCACCUUGGGCUACUUCAUCUUUGACUUGGGCUGGUGCAUCUACUUCCAGUCCGAGAGUGUCCUGAUGCUGGCCCACCACACGCUGAGUAUCUUAGGCAUCAUCAUGGCCCUGGUGCUUGGAGAGUCAGGCACAGAGGUCAAUGCAGUCCUCUUUGGAAGUGAGAUUACCAACCCCUUGCUACAGAUGCGCUGGUUUCUUCGUGAAACAGGGCACUACCACAGUUUCACUGGAGAUGUGGUGGACUUCCUCUUUGUGGCCCUGUUCACUGGAGUGAGGAUUGGCUUAGGAGCCCACCUCCUUUUCUGUGAAAUAGUCUCACCCAAGCCCAAGUGGUUUAUGAAGGCUGGGGGGAUAGCUAUGUAUGCUGUGUCUUGGUGUUUCAUGCUAAGCAUCUGGCGCUUUGCCUGGAGGAAAAGCAUAAAAAAGUACCAUGCCUGGAGAAGCAGGAGGCGUGAGGAGCAGCAACUAAAACAUAAUGGACAUCUCAAGACACACUAGCCAAUGUUUACUGCAGUUAACGGAUUGGGUUAAGUUAGCUCUGGGAGCGAGGUUGGAAAUCUGGCUGUUACGGAGUUGUGCUUAUGUAACAAACUCAGGUUUCAAAAGGGGGCUAAAUUUAUCGAUCAGUUUUCAAGUGGAGCACAUACCAGCAUUAAAACACUAAUUUCUACACUGGUACAGUGGUAGGAAGUCGGACUAAUAAGUGGUAGUUUCAGUGAAUCAGAACCGCAUUCCUAUUAGUUUGUGGUGAUUCUGGGGGGUGGUGUUCCCGGGAAGCUUGAUGCUCAGACAGCUUAGAAAGGAACUUGAAAAAGAGGAGUGCUAGGUCUUCCUUAUUCCUUUGAGAGGUGACGACUUCAACAAACACCACCUUGCUGUCCAUGCAGCAAUUUAAAUAAAUUUACGCCGUUUACUAUAAAGUGAGUAACUUUUAGGAAGAUACAUGCCUUUGGAAUUUUGAGCGUUGAAUCAGAACUGGAUCUGCUUAAACGGAGGGAGGGAGGAAGACAGAGAAGAUGGGGGUGAAGCUGGCAGUGGUGGUGGGCUAUUUAUUUAGCCUCACUAUUCCAACUAUGUUGGGGUCCCCAAGACCACCAUUAGGUUUGGUACUUCACUGAGAGGACUCCCAGGACUCAGCAUGCAGUUGUACUCAUAGCUUUGAUUUAUUGCAGUGCAAGGACACAAAGAUCAGUGACAGGAAGAGGCUCCCGGAGCAGCAGAGUCCAGGGGAAACCCAGGCCCAGACUCCCCAAGCCUUCUCUCAGUGGGACCACACGGGAUGUGCUAACUCCUCCAACAGUGAUUUGUGACAGUUCGUGCGGAGUAUCUACCCAGGAGGCUCAUUAGAGACUCAGCUUUUAUUGGGGGCUGGUCACGCAGGCAGCCUUUGCCUGGCGUGUAAUAAAAUUCCUGACUCCCAGCAGGGAAGCAGGUGUUCAGCAGAAACCAUGUUGUUUGCACAGACAGCUGGGGCACAGUGAGACAGUCCGAGCAGUUAAUGGCUGGCGCCCUCCCCAAAUCUGUGUUCCCAGUUGCCAGCCAAGGUCCAGCCUUUCCCCGGGCAGCAGUUCAGGCCUGUUAUGUUAACUCUUCUGCACAAAAACCACAGAGCUGGGGCUCGGGUGAGAGAUGAAUGAGGUGUGGGCAAACUUACCAAGCCCUGUUGUAUGGGUUCUGCUCUACCAGGAAAAAAAUGCCAGUUGUCAGGGCUUUUCUGCAUUAAUCUCCUAGGCAUGAGGGGCAGUGACUAAAUUCUAUAGGGAUUUACUUUGUGGACUCCACUGUGCUUGAGAUACAUGGCAGCUGAGUUUUCAGGUCUGCUCUGCUUGCCGCAAACUAGAACCAAAGAUGAAAGUAUGAAUUGGCCUCAGGGUAAUGAGACUAGUUUUUUCAUUUUGGAUACAUUCCCUUUUAGUCCUCUUACUAUUUUUUCUUUUCUCUGGAAAAGGUACCACUAUCUGUGGACAAAAUAUUAUGACAAGGCCAGUCUAGAAAGGAAAAAAAAUUCAGUGAGAUACACUGUAAUCUCACCUAGGAAAAGCCAGAAUGUAAGCCUAAGGACUGGAAGUUUGGAAUCAAGAACUCCUGGGUUCUUUUACAGAUUUUGCUACUCACUGGCCCAAUCAUUUAGGCAGGUCACUUACUCUUUGCCUCAGUGUAAAUCCUGUUGUGAAUGAAUGAAAUACCCCAUUGUGCAUUUCAUAGAGACAUGUAGUGUUUCUUUAAUGGAGGGCUUUUAUGAAAAAAUGAAGCAUUAUUUAUGUCUUUGCUAUUUGUUUAUGUUACUUAGAUCAGUGGUGAUGGACUAGCUUUGUUGGUGAACACAAGUGUACAAGGCUAUUGAAGUAAAGGCUGAAGGUCAGUGGGCAGUGUCAGCUCAUCCUAGGUUACUGGUAAUAUUAACCUUAUGAGAGUUCUUGGAAAUGGAUGUCAUUGGCCAUGCAGGGCGGAGUGGUUGGAACCACAUAAAGUCAUCAUUGCUCUGGGAAAAGCAACUUGAAAGGCAUGUUAACAGUGGAUCUUUUUAAAAUGACUGUCAUUUGGUUAAAGAGUUUUGCUGGACACGGAAAUAAUCUAAUAGUAAUAUCUCCAUCUCUUUUUUUCUAUGUUCAGAAUCCCUAAAAUGCUAAUUUCUUUCCAACAAAAUUGUGGUCAAAGUAGGAUCCUGGGGAAUGCUGAGUUUAGCAAGAGCCUAGCAAAAAGUGGCUUGGAGCGUGAGCUUUAAAAAAACGCUGGCUCUUAAAUUUUGGCACAGUGCAACCUGUUCCAUACCAGACUCGUGAAUAGGCUUAAUCUGGUACCAGCUCUCCUCACAAGUAAAGGGAUUGGGGAUUGCAGAUCUUGCUGUUUUGGGGUACUCUCGUGAAUGUAAGUAGCUCUUUUGAAUUUUGAGAAACCUAAAGUUUUUCUUGAUGUUGUAACUAAUAACUAUGAAGGAAACUCUCUGAGAGAAAAAUGUGAAAUGAAGAUGACCAGCAGUUAAGAUGCUGAGUUUUCACAUCACAGGUAAAUGAAGGGCUAGUUAACACAUGGUAUAGUCAGAUAAAACGAAGUACUCAUUGGCAUUUGGAUUACUGUGUAGUAAUACUGCUCAAGAGGAUUUGUAUUUCAAUAAGAUUUGUAUUGUUUUAUAAAAAUAAACAACUUUUUAUCAGUC